GGCGUUUAUUCACUGUAUAUAGAUCGGACCAAUGAUAUACUUUGUUUAUAGAUUAGAGACAGAUAAGGAUAACGUUGUGUGAAUACAACUGACUCCACUAGUUUGUUUGUAAUAAUUAGAUGUAGGUCGAAAUAUACGGCCGCUAUCCCGUUGCAACAUCAAUCUGGAAACAGUAUCAGUCAUAAAGAUGCGUGAAUACGUUAUAGUACUAGUUAUUUGCUAGUUCACUCCAACAAUCUGAGACCCGGCUGGCCGCAAUAUCCGACCUCCAAAUCACUGAUAGCACCAGAAAUUGAUCAUGCGCCGGUUCAAGGGCAGAUCAGCCAAAGCCUGCCACUAUUGCCACACCCAGAAAGUGAAGUGCAGCGGUGAACGCUCCUGUACCAGAUGCCAAGCGUCCCACAGAGACUGCAUCUUUGCCUCCAAAGACCGUUUAGUAACGGUGCCGGAGAAUUAUGUACACACACUGCAGAAUGAGGUUCAUCAGAUCAGGCAGCUGCAAGCCGAACGGGGCCCUAUACCGGGAAACGCCGAGCGCCAAAGUCUGCAUGAUGCGAACCCUGAACGGCUGAUUGAGAAUUCAACGACGGAGUACUUUGUAUCGAAGCUCAAGGGCGCAUGCUCUGCUUCAGAGGGUGAUCGAUAUCAGGAGAAUGGUAUUCCAGAAACACCUGAGAGUACUUCAAGAAGUGGGCUUUCACACCCCCAGCACUCGAUCUCCAACUACACCUAUGUCCCGUUAUAUUAUGGAAGCAGUAAGCUGGAAUCCACAUAUGGAGUGCUAUGCACCGAUCAGAUAUCUGCAGAUGCAAAAGUAGCUGUCAAGCUACCCCAUACUCCUAGGCCAUAUACCUUCCUAACCAUGUCGAGACUUUCAUCGGCUCCGACUGGCACUGGUACCACAGGCAGCAUUCCUUGA